AGUUAGUUGUUUAAACCCUUUGUACUAUGCCAAAAGAAAGAGUUUGGUCAUCUACCAGGUGCUUUUUUAUCUGGCUAGCUGCUGUACCAUUCUCUAAAGUAUUUGGCAGUGACGAUGAGCCAAUAUUAUACGGAUAUCGGCGAUUUGUUGUGGAGGAGCCCAUGUCAUAUGACGCCACUUAUCCUGAUUGGCUUGACAAUAACUAUGAUAACCAAGAUCCCUGCCUUCAAGUCCCUUGUCUGAACCAGGGAAGAUGUGAAAUAACGGAGACUGGUUACCAAUGCCGAUGCUUUGAGCCAUAUUUUGGAAGAAACUGUCAGAGAGUCCAAAAUCCUUGUAAGAAAAACACGUGCAAAAAUGGUGACUGUGUUAUCCAGCGAAAUCCUCCAUAUUAUAAGUGUAAAUGCAAUCAUCCAUACCUCCCACCCACAUGCAAAAAAGUCGCCUCAGCGUGCAACGCUGUAAACCCCUGCAAAAACGGAGGUGUUUGCCGGCCUGGGAGGAAUAAGAAGGAAGCAUUCACGUGUUCUUGCCGAGGGCAGUACAGAGGGGAGCUGUGUGAGAUAGCUCCAAAUGAUUGUUACCGUGAUGAUGGUGUGACCUAUCGAGGUCUCGUGAAACAAACUGAAAGGGGGACGAGGUGUCUGUCCUGGAGCUCUCACCUACUUCUUCUGGAACCAGUUGGGACCCAUAUGCAGAACCCUGAACGAUUUGGCAUUGGUGACCACAAUUAUUGCCGGAACCCGGAUGGCGAUGAAAAGCCCUGGUGCUAUUUUGUAGAGAAGAAAGGAAAGUUAAAUUGGGAUCAUUGUGAUGUUUCUCUUUGCAUGAACAUACCUUCCGUAAUACCUCAAAUUACUGCCAUACCAGCAACCCAACCUGGUUUGCGACUCCCCAUUACGCUCCUUGAUCAGUGUGGAAAGCCCGAGGUUACCAGAGCGAGAGGCAGAAUCUUUGGUGGAAAAAGCACAGUCCCAGGCAAGCAUCCUUGGCAGGCCUCUCUACAACUGAAAGUUGCUGUUGGACAUUAUAAUCCGGGACAUUUGUGUGGAGGAACAUUGAUCAGACCAUGUUGGGUCCUCACUGCUGCCCACUGCAUCAUUUCGGGUGCACAGGCCAGAGAUUUUCGCUUACGACUCGGUAAACAAAAUCUUAAAAGGACGGAGAUGCACGAGCAGAACUUUGAUGUCGAAAGGACUUUUGUCCACGAGAACUUUUAUGGGGGCCCAAUGGUUUUGUUGAAUGAUAUUGCUUUAGUAAAGAUUAAACCAGUCAACGGACACUGUGCCGAGAUCACAAAGUACGUGAAGCCUGCCUGUUUACCAGACACUGAUUUCCAGCCAGGCACUGAAUGUUACAUUUCAGGAUGGGGCAAGACAGAAUUAGAUGUAACAUCAGAUCAGUUACUGGAUACGACUGUGAGAUUGAUUUCCAAUCAACGCUGCAAGGAUCCUCGGUCUUAUGGAACACUCCUUGAUAACAGCAUGUUUUGCGCCGGGAACUUAGAAGGUGGUGUGGAUUCCUGCCAGGGUGAUUCUGGAGGACCUCUGACGUGCGAGAGAAAUGAACGUUACCAUGUGUACGGUUUGGUCAGUUGGGGCGAUAGCUGUGGAUUAAGAAAUAAACCCGGAGUUUAUGCUCGUGUCCCCGCCUUCCUCUCCUGGAUUAACGCACGAAUCAAUCUGACCGGCCUGCUCCUUGUCACCAUGGCAAAGGCCAUAACUCUGAUCCUCAUGUGCGUGGCCUUACAAGUGGUUGUUCCUUUAACGGAAUCCUAUGCAUAUUGGAAUCUCGAUGAUCUAGAUAUUUACGACGAGGUUUAUGCUGAUGAACAUAAUGAGGGUGAUGAUGAAGAUGAUGAAGACUUGGAUCCACCGUGGCUUAACUACGAUUACAGUGAAGAAGAUCCGUGCUCACCAAAUCCUUGUGAAAAUGAGGGUACCUGUAAAGCAACGCUGAAAGGCUUCCAGUGUCAUUGCACCCCUCAGUACAAAGGGAAGAAGUGUCAACUAGUGAUAAAUCCAUGCAAGAGAAACAUGUGCCGGAAAGGGGAAUGUGUUCUCACUGCAUCUCCACCUUUCUACGAGUGCAAAUGUGAAUACCCUUACAAACCGCCAUUUUGCAGAAGAGCAAUUGUCCCAUGUUCACGAAAUCCUUGUAAAAAUGGAGGAACAUGCAACCCCGGCAGAGCAAGAAGAUCGUUCAUGUGCACCUGUCCUCCAGCUUUCACAGGACAAUUUUGUGAAGCAGAAUCCAAUGACUGUUAUCACGAAAUUGGUGAAAGCUACAGAGGCAAUGUUAGUAUAACUGAUGACGGGGAAAAGUGCUUGUAUUGGAGUUCCCAUCGCCUUCUGAAAAAAAACAUCAAUAUAUUUGGAGAUCAUGCUGAGGAGAAUGGCCUUGCUAACCACAGGUUUUGCAGGAACCCAGAUGAUGAUGAGAAACCUUGGUGCUUUUAUGAGGGUACAAAUGGAAAACUGAAAUGGGAUUUUUGUGCAGUCUAUUCAUGCGACAGAGAAACCACAACACUGCCUCAAACUACAUCAUUGCCUACUGUCACACCAUUCCUACUUCCUCGGACUUUUGAUACCUGUGGACAGCCAUUUUUCAAGAAUUCUUUACAACGGAUCUAUGGUGGGCAGAAGACAACUCUCUCCAGACACCCUUGGCAGGCAUCUGUGCAACUGAAAUUCGCCAUUGGUAUAAAGGACCCGGGACAUAUUUGUGGAGGAACAUUGAUCAGACCUUGUUGGGUUCUUACUGCAGCCCACUGCUUUGAGAUAAGCUUACAACCUAAGCAUUAUCAAGUGUUCCUUGGAAAAAAUAAGAUACGACAAAAAGAAAUAAAUCAGCAGAGGUUUGAUGUCGAGCAAAUCAUUGUGCACGAUGACUAUGAAGACACGGACGAUGCUUUGUACAAUGAUAUAGCUUUGAUGAAAUUGAAAUCUGUUAGCGGUUAUUGUGCCAACGAAACCAAGUAUGUCAAAACAGCUUGCUUACCAGAUGGUGACACUGACCUGCCACUCAACUCCGAAUGCUACAUUUCAGGGUGGGGUACCACAGAAUUUGGAACUUAUUCCAAACACUUAUUGUUUGCAUCUGUAAAGCUGAUCUCACAAAGAUCCUGCAACAAGCGUGUAUCUUACAAUCAGAUCCUAGAUCGGGGCAUGCUUUGUGCAGGGAAUUUAGAAGAGGGCGGAGUGGACUCCUGUCAGGGUGAUUCUGGGGGCCCACUGACCUGCCUGAAGGAUGGACGUCACCAAAUCUACGGGAUUGUCAGCUGGGGUGAUAGCUGCGGACUGAGACAGAAACCCGGUGUUUACGUGCGGGUCACCACCUACCUUAACUGGAUUCUGAAACAGAUUGAUUAGGGGGCCCACAUUUUCAACACUUGCCUUUAACUCAAUGAGUUUUACUUUUAAAUAAAUUGUGACUUUACAAAA